GCAACGCUCUGUCCUUUCUCAGUUGUGCAACUUCGGGCAUUAAUGGAACCGUCCGCACCUCCUGCUGCGUUGCCCAAACUCAGCGAGCUCUCACUCCAUCAAUUAGGGUUUGUGAACGGACAUUUCAAGGAACCCCACGAUCUUCGUGGGGCUCCACUUCUCUUCACCGAACUCAACAACUACUGUUCUGAUUUGGACGUUAAUCUUCUUCACCUUCGGAGAACUAUCACCAAGCGCGCCGUUUCAUGGAUCUCCCGUUCUUUUGCCACCAAAGCAUCCCUUCGUCGUAUCAACCACAAUUUGGAGAAUCUCUGUCUCUGCACUUCUCAAUGUGGAAUUGGUCCUAGGAGAAUUCAGAAGAUUUUGGGGGAGGAGCUGCCUCGACUUGUGAAGGAGUUGCGUAGAAUUGAAAAUAUUCGCAAAUAUGUGGAUUUCUCUCUGAAGGUGGAGGCUGUGGUUGGAGACCUUGAAGAUGCAGUUUUCUAUAGUGUAAAUCAACGCAGAAGGAGUAUAUUGUCAGCAAAACUUCCAGAUCCACUAAUUGACUUCCAGAAGAAACAAGAAAGGCUACUUCAAGCAAUAAAAUCCAUGAAUGAAAUUGAGGAGAUGUUGGCUGGUGUUAAAGAAUUUAAAUGCCAGUGGCAUCAUCUUAUGGAAUCUGUUGAUUCUAGAGUGGAUAAAGCCCUGGCUGUUCUUCGUCCUCAAAUUCUUGCAGAUCAUCGUGCUCUUCUUGCUUCUCUAGGAUGGCCACCAAAGCUUUCGUCAUCAGAAGUUGAGAAUGGCCAAAUGUCCAGUGUUCCUAAUCCACUAGUUUUGAUGCAUGUGGAUAAGAGAGAGCGUUAUUCUCAAAGUUUUCUUGACCUAUGUGCUUUGCAGCAUGUGCAGACACGGAGGGAAGAACGCGAACUUAAUUUUUCUGGACAAAAGGACAAUGAUGUUGGGCUUUGGGCUAUUGAUGAACUGGUUAUGCCAAUUGCAUCACGAAUGGAAUAUCAUUUCACAAAAUGGCUUGAGCAGCCUGAAUUUAUUUUUGGUCUUGCAUUCAAAAUCACCGAGGACUUUAUUGUGGGAGUGGAUGAUGUUUUGCAACCAUUGAUUGAUAAAGCAAGGCUGGUGAGGUAUAGUGCCAAAGAAGCUUGGGUUACAGCAAUUGUUCAUAUGGUUUCUGUGUUUAUGGAGAAAAGAUUGUUUCCUUUUCUUGCUGAAGGGUACAAGGCAAAAGACUUGAGAUCAGGAGUUAUAUCUUCCUGGCUUCAUUUAAUAGACCUUAUUGUAGCUUUCGAUAAACGGAUGAAAUCGCUUGUAAAUUUAGAUACUUGUCUCUUUAUGGGGGAACAUGAAAGGUUCGAAGGAUUUUUGAGAGGCGUGUCAGUAUUAAGAAUCUUCUGUGAUAGGCCAGAAUGGCUAAAAAUUUGGGGAAAGAUAGAGCUCAAGGAUGGCUGGAAGAAACUGAAAGUGGAACUAAAAGAUGAAAGAGUUUGGUUAAUUGAUAAAAAAUGUGGAGCUGCUGCCCAUAUUGGUACACAAUCUGAACAGUUUUUACUCUCAACGAGAGAAGACUUUAAAGCUCCUUUAGUUGCAGAAUUUGCGCUCAAAAUUUCCUGGGACAUGAUUGAACGGAGUGAAACUUUUCCAGCCAUUCUAGCACGUGCCCAGUUUAUCAGAUUAGCUGCUGGCAGAUUCCUUUGGCACUUCUUCAAUGUAUUGGUUUUAAGGUGCAAGAGAACUGAAUUUUUUCUUGAUAAUCCAGAUGAUGAUGCCCUGAUGAGAAUAUGCGGAUCAAUAAAUGCUGCCAGAUAUAUUGAGUCUAAACUGCAUGAGUGGACUGAUGAUGUGAACUUUUUGGAGAUGAAAAUUACUGAAAACAAUUCUAUCCUCCACAAUAGAGAUGUUCGGAAUGAUACUUGCUUCUUUUGGGAAGAAAUUAAAAGCUUGGUUGAGCUUGAGACUAAUUGGCUUCUGGAGAUAAUUGGUGUUGUUCUUCGUCAGUUUGAAUCUCUGUGCUGGGAUGACGUCCAAAAUAAAGGAUGUUUUGAGCAGCUGGUAGAACAUACGACUCCUGAUAGAAUUUUAAGAGUUGGGGACUUAACCGUGUCCAUGGGUUUGAUUGAAGCAUUGGAUGGUUUGAGAAGUCAGCUUGAAUUUCUCAAGACGAUUCUCAAUCCAAAGGACUUUCUAGAUUUAUGGCGAAGUGUGGCUGAAGGAGUUGACCAUUAUAUAUCCCGCAGCAUUCUCACAAGUGGGAUUGAAUUUUCCAGCAAGGUGAUUGAUCAGUUUGGAGUUGAUAUGAAUGCACUUUUCCUUGUUUUCCAACCUUUUUGUGUACGCCCGGAAGCAUUUUUCCCGUGUAUAAGAGAGACUUUGAAGCUAUUAACUAUGAGUGGGGAAGAGGCAAAGCAUUUGCAACUGGUUCGAUCCAAUGAUGCAAGUAGAAUAAAAGGGUUGCGUUUUUGUGGAAUUUCUCACUUGUCUUUUGAUCAAGUUGAUAGAGUUUUGAGGAACAAAACGUUAUGAAUAUUGAGUUCCAUGGUGAA